AUGCAAGAACUACACCACAGAAUGCAAGACCUAGAGCACCGACUGGCAGACCGGGAACAUCGUCAACAAACUCCCGAAUCGAGCCACUCCCGCUCCGUCUCAAGAAGCCGCUCCCGACGAACAGCUAGCCCACAAUCUGAAACUGAGAACGACAGGGAGGGAGGACGCGUGAGAAGACGCCACGACCCCCUCAUAUACGCCAGGAACGAUAGGCGUACCAUGGAGCGAAACCGUGAGGACGCUCGUCGGGAGGACGACGAGGGAAGAACAACCAGAACGUGGGGACUGGUGAUAAUGGGCACAACCCCAUUCCAUCGUUCCAUCCUCGAGGUCUGGCUGCCAAAACACUUUGACAAGCCAACGGACAUGAGGUACGACGGAACCCAAGACCCACAAGAACACAUUACGGCUUUCGAAGCCAGAAUGAACUUGAAAGGAGUGGGAGACGAGGGCUCGGUGACCAGGUUCUCGGACAUUAGCCGCGCAUUCCUAGCCCAAUUCACAACCAGAAUUGUGAAGGCAAAGCAUCCAAUCAAUCUACUUGGAGUGACCCAAAGAUCCGACGAACCGACCCGGAAAUACCUAGACCGAUUCAACGAUGAGUGCUUGGAGAUUGAUUGGAUGACUGACUCGGUUGCAAGCUUGUGCCUGACGAACAGACUUCUAAACGAGGACUUCAGAAAAUACCUCACCACGAAGCCGGUGUGGACAAUGCAGGAGAUCCAAUGUGUAGUCAGGGAGUAUAUUAACGAUGAAGAAGUCAGCCAGGUCGUGGCUGCCAACAAACGACAGCCCCCUUACAAUCAAACCCGACACCACGGGAGUGGGGAAAGACAAAAGGAACACGCCAGGGACGGCGGUCCGAGCAAGACUCCUAGGCCAUUUUCUCGUGUCGGGAAGUUCAGCAAUUACACUCCCCUCACCGCGCCGAUUACGGAAGUUUACCAACAAAUAGCCGAGAAGGGGAUCUUGUCGAAACCCCGACCUUUGAAGGAACGAACAGGCGGGAACAGGAGCCUCUACUGUGAUUACCACAAGGGAUAUGGGCACAAGACGCAUGACUGCUUUGACAUGAAAGAUGCACUGGAACAAGCGAUCAGGGAGGGAAAGCUAGCCGAUUUCUCCCACCGCAUUAGGGAGCCGAGGAGACGGAACCGCGACCACGAGGGCGAAGACAAGACCCGGGCAUCAAAGCGACACCAAGAGCCAGAGGACAACGACCACGGCCUUACCAUAGUGAACGUGGUAACGGCGAGAAACGCGGCGCCUAGGUCCAAGUCGGCACAUAAGAAAGACGCCAAAGUCUUGGCUAUUUCCACAUCCUCCGCGCGAAGCCCCAAGACACUCCCAUCCAUUUCAUUUAGCCCGGAGGACCAAUGGUUCGACGAGGUCGCAGAAAGCCCUCCCAUGGUCAUCACGGCCAGAGUAGGAACCGGUCUCGUCAAGCGGAUCCUUGUAGAUACGGGGGCAGAUUCGAACAUCAUGUUCCACAAUAUGUUCGACGCCUUGGGUCUGAGGGACGCCGACUUAAAGACCCACCAGCAUGGCGUUGUAGGCCUCGGCAACCACUUCAUCAAGCCAGACGGGAUAAUCUCCCUGCCGACCUCUGUAGGACAAGGCCAAGGGAGAAGAACGGUAAUGGCAGAGUUCGUGAUCCUACGAGACUCCACAGCCUACAACAUCAUCCUAGGGAGGAAGACCAUCAACGACUUGGGGGCAGUCAUCAGCACAAAGAUGCUGCUAAUGAAGUUCAUAACUGAAAAAGGAUCAAUAGGGUCUGUACGGGGAGACCUGGAAACGGAAGUCGCUUGCGACAAUGCCAGUCUCUCAUUAAGAAAGAAAUUGAAAGAAGCGUCAGGAGUGUUCCUCGCCGACUUGGACACCAGAGUCAGCGACAAGCCGAGACCCAAAUAA